AUGGAUCUAGCGGAAGCCGUUGAAGAUUUAAUUUGUACAUUUGACCCAACAGGUGAUACUACAAUGGACACUUUGGCCAUGCUGUUGUUCGGGUGGCUGCUGGCCGCCCUGUUCGUGCUGUGGCUCGGAAAGUUCCUCUACAACCGAUUCGUCUCGAAAUCGGCGGACAAAAAACUGAAAGUCGAACCGCCAGCGACUCUGACUCCGUCCAAAACGGCGGAAAGCGUCGUCGCGCCGUCCGACGCGGUCGACGGUAAAAAAUCGAGUGCCCCGUUGAAAUCGGCGCCCGGCGGCGGCGGCUACGUGCCGCCCACGCCGCCCGUCCGGAAGCGCAUCACGCGGCAGAGUCCGGCGCCGGACACCAGGAAGGUCAAGUACGUGCCGGCGCCGCAGUGCACCGGACCGGACAACGUUUGCGUGUUGUGGGUGAAUGACGUUUUUCAAUGGUUGUACAACGAUUAUGUGAUCGUCAACGAGCUGUUGGCCGUUUGGAUACAGGCCAUGAACGAUUACACGAAAAAAACCGGUGACGAUCAAGGAAUUGGCGUGGAGUUGGUCCGUAUUUUACCGGAAACACACCCCCCCUCUUUGACGAACAUUUUUGCAGAAGCCGACUCCAAAGAUGACGUGACAAUUACUAUGGACUGCGAGGCCACUCCGGCCUUCCAGUUGAAAAGCUACCGACAAAAAGGCGAAAAAGUGGAAACUUCGCAUUACCGGGUGAAUGUGAACCGGUUCCGGGCCCGGAUGAACAUUUUCUGCGUGUCGGAAAAACUGCAGGCUGAAAUUAAGUGCGACGGUUGGCCGGAAAUAAAGGUGGCGCUAGCGCCCGUUGGCAACAUCAAGAACAACUUGGACGAAACUCAUCUGCAAGAAGUGAUUACUGACAUUUUGACGACGUCCAUAAGGAACGCCGAAGUCCAUUUGAACUUGGCACAGUACCCAACUUGUCCCAGACUGAUUAGGCAUGUGGCCACCCACGGCCCCAUACUUCCGGUCCACUAUGACAGCAUGUCCAAUGCGUACACUUCCACGCCUAACCACAUGUCGAUGAUGGGUCGGCAGUUGCCCGGAGAAAAACGUUUGCUCGUCAAGGUGAUUCGUGCCGCGCAGCUUGGCGGGGAGCACGGCUGCGCAGAACCGUUCUGCGUCGUCGAGAUGGACGAGCCUCCGCAAAAGAAUCAAACCUCCGUUCAGAAGAACACCGACUCGCCGUACUGGGACGAACAUUUCCUGUUCGAUUUGUCUUCGCAAACGGCGGAACUGCUGUUCGAAAUUUACGACCGCGCUGUCCAACCGCACAAGUUUUUGGGUUUGGGUAUCGUUGGCGUGGAGGAGUUAUUGAUAAACCCAUCGCAACGGCAGAUUAUUUCCUUGCAAAGCAGACCGUUCGAGAGCGACCCCGUGUCCGGUACUCUUACUGUAGAGUUUAUGUUCAUUGAGGGGGCCGACAUCCCGAACAUAGGUAAAAAUCAGCCUUACAAGAUCAAGGAAAACCUUAGAACUCCGUCGCCAAAUAGGGCUAGACUAACAACAACUACUACUACGUUCCAAAAUGAUAACUAUAAUAUUACAAAUGGUAAUCAUUUAGCUUCUAAUGCUUUAAGAGACUUGGAUAGUUCAUAUGGACAGAACCCUAAUAAGAGCACACUUGUGAUACAUAGUGUUCAAAGACAACCCUCUGAAAGGCUAGUGAAAGGAGGUGAUAUUUCCGCAACCGGCACUCUGCAGUCUACACAGGGCGAUGCAGAAUUCCGCGGAAGGUCGAGAAAACGAAGGGACUUUUUCGGCACGAUUAAACGAAGAUUGGGAAAAUCGAAAAACCGAUCGAAAUCUGCCGGUCCAGAAAACGACAUCGGCCGCGACGAUUCCCUGAACCGAUCCAUAUCGGCCGACAGAGGAAGAAACGACGAAAAUUACAGGUUAAACGUUCCCGGUCAAAAAUCGAUGGACGAGACGUCGCGACGUUCGAGCCUGUCGGAGGCGUCGGGCAUGAGCGGCGCCUCGACGAGAACGUACAUCAACGAGGCCAGCACCUUGGUGCUGGAAACCAUCGAGAACGGCAUCAAGAAGCACUACCUGGUGCCGCUGUCGCUGGCGCAAAAAUCCAAGUGGCGGAAAAAGGGCACCAAGCUGCACAUCUUCAACGACCACACCUUCGUUGCCAAGCAUUUACAAGGGGGUACAAUUUGCCAAGUGUGCGCAAAAAGUAUAGCGAGAAGGUUUGGCAAGCAAGGCUACGAAUGUCGGGACUGUUUAUUGAAAUGUCACAAACAAUGCCACGUUAAAGUCAACGACAACUGUCCGACAUCAACUAUACACAACUUGGAACUGUCCUACAUCACAAAUCCCUACACGGACAAGAACAUUCGAAUGUUAUAAGCAUAAAACUACUCGGAGGCUACAAUUUAAAAACGGGUAGUUUAGCUUUUUAGUAAAUAAGAUCUAUAAAAAGUAACAUUAAAUUUUAUUAUGAUACAAUUGGCGUAAAAUUACUUUUUUGUGAUUGUACAAUAGUUUUUACAAGCACAAAUUGUUGUUAAGCUUUAUUGAGUGAGCCACAAUGUUAAUUUCAUAAAAUCUUAUUUUUUUACAUGUUUUAUCCUUUUAUUUAUAUUUUAUAGUUUUUCGUUAUACUAUUUAUUUGUAAAUACUUGUUAAUUCAGAGAUCUGUAAAAUUUAUUUUAUUUUAUUAUGUUGAUUUUGUAAAUUCACUUUUCAAAAUAUUUUAUUUUUUUGUUUGUAUUAACACACAAAAAAUGUUUCAAGGACUUCAAAUAAACUGCUUUAAUUAAAAUGUAUGUGAACAUAUUUUUGAAUGUUUUAUUUAUAAGUGCCUGUACUUUAAUAAUUAAAAAAAAUGUUCUUUGUACUUGCUAUUUUAAAAACAAACUUUAUGGGUAGCAGUUUUACCCAAAUGUAAAAGGUGUAAGUUUCAAUAUUUAAAUAUUAAGUAUAACUUUUGUUAGCAUUGUCAAUGGAAAAUAAAUUAAUACAU